AUCUGAUGUGUCAACAAGAGAAGAAGAAAAACAUCUAUGUUAAUUAUAACCUUUUACAAAAUAAGAUUUCGGUGUCCUACAUCCAAAACGUGCAAUUGUGAAAUUUAUUUAAAAAUAUAGUUAAUAGUGAAAUAAUAAUAAUAAUGGCUACAUAUAAUUUCAAGAAUAUAUCCGUUGUUCCCACGGCAAAGGAAUUCGCAGACAUUAUUUUAUCUAAAACUCAGAGAAAAACACCUACAGUUGUCCACAAACAAUAUAAGAUCCCAAGGAUCCGAAAUUUCUAUACAUUGAAAGUAAAAUUUUGCCAACAGAGUUAUCAUGAUCGUCUCUCACAAAUAUUGACAGAAUUUCCAAAAUUAGAUCAGAUUCAUCCAUUUUAUGCGGACCUCAUGAAUGUUCUCUUUGAUCAGGACCAUUACAAAAUAUCUCUUGGCCAAAUCAACACAGCUCGACAUCUGAUCGACAAUGUUGCUAAGGAACAUGUCAAGUUCAUCAAAUAUGCGGACUCCCUUUAUCGCUGCAAACAACUCAAAAGAGCUGCCCUUGGAAGAAUGACAAAAAUAAUAGCUCGUCAGGCACCAAAUCUAAAAUAUUUGGAACAAGUGAGACAACAUUUGGCACGUAUGCCAUCUAUAGAUCCAUACACAAGAACCAUUGUAUUAUGUGGUUUUCCAAAUGUGGGGAAAUCUUCCUUUAUCAAUAAAAUAACAAGAGCAGAAGUUGAAGUACAACCUUAUGCUUUCACCACUAAAGCUCUGUAUGUUGGCCAUACAGAUCACAAAAAAAUACGUUACCAAGUAAUUGAUACUCCUGGUAUUCUGGAUCAUCCCCUAGAAGAAAGGAAUGCUAUUGAAAUGCAGGCUAUUGCUGCAUUAGUUCAUUUACGUGCUUGCAUACUCUAUAUCAUGGACUUAUCAGAGCAGUGUGGACAUAGUAUUGAAGAACAAAUUAAUUUGUUUCAAUCUAUAAAACCAAUGUUCGUACGAAAACCUUUAAUUGUGGUCAUAAAUAAAUGUGACAUCUUGAGAUUGGAUGAAUUACCCUCUUCGAAGAGAGACCUUCUAGCAAAUUUUGAGAAGGAAAAUAUACCACUUUAUGAAAUGUCAACAGUAAAUGAAUCUGGAGUCAUGAAUGUCAAAUUUGAGGCAUGUGAGACACUUCUACAAUUCAGAGUCAGUGAAAAAUAUAAAACUAAUAAGGUCAGUGGUAUAUUGAAUCGUCUUCAUGUUGGAAAACCAGAAGUUGAGAACCAAUCUCGUCCACCAGUCAUACCGGCUACCGUUUUAGCAAAAAGACAGGGAAAUACCGAAAAAAAAAUUCAAAAACUAGAAAGAGAAUGGGAAGUGGAACUUGGUGAUGAUUAUGUUCUUGACCUUAAAAAAUCUUAUACAGACAUCCCAGAGGAUGAACGUUGGGACGUUAUCCCAGAAAUGUGGAAUGGCCACAAUAUUGCAGAUUUCAUGGAUCCUCACAUUUUUGAAAAAUUUGCGAAGUUGAAGGAGGAAGAAGCUAUUAGAGUAAGAACUGGCAUGUAUGAUUUACCGAAAAUGGAAUUAAGUCAGACUGAUAGAGAAAUAAAAGAACUAGCCUUGAAAAUCAGGCAUCAAAAAGCAAUAACAAAAGAAGAAGCAAGAGUCAAUAAACAAAAUAAGAAGCAAACCAUUUCUAGAACUGCUCGUAACCAAACUAGAACAAGACUUGCAUCCAAAUUUAAGAAAGAUUUGCAAAGUAGGGGGGUGGAUAUGUCUCACAUAUCAAAUACUCACUUCACCAAAAAUAUAAAGUCCUCAGCUCUCACAAAGAGAAUGAAGAUGGAUAUCGAUGAUGAUACGAAAUCUAAAUUGAAGAGAAUUGUGAAACCUUCAAGAGGUGAUUUGGGUAUAAAGGACCUUGCUACUAAAAAGAAAUUGCAGCAAAUUGCACAUCGUGCCAUUGCCAAGAAAGUUGCAAGAUAUGGUCUCAAAGGUGAAGCAGAUAGGUUUAUUGGUACAAAGAUGCCAAAACAUCUUUAUUCUGGAAAAAGAGGAUCAGGAACAACGGACAGAAGAUAAAUAUAAAUGUUUAUUAUUAAAUUAUGUGAAUAAAGGGUUUUGUGUUCAAGAAA